GAGAAGUUUCAGGAAGUGCAACAUCAACACCGUAGGUUUCUAUCUGAGUCGGAGGGGUCAUGUAUCGACUAUUUCAGUGUAAUAACACACAAUUAAAGUCGGUGUUUAUAUCAAGCAAUAACAUGUCAAAAAUGGUCCCUGAGCGAGGGGUGUCUGGUAGUAGGAACGACCCCAGGUCUAUUCACUCGGACAACAUUGAGGAGGUUCACAGCGUCCCCAUGCAGGUGAUCAUCAGACCGAUUCCUCCACAGCUGGACGAGGAGAAGGUUCAGAGUCUGAUGGACACAAUACAGAAGACGGCAGACACCAGCGUUGUCCCUCCAAUUGAUGUGCUCUGGAUCAAAGGAAGAGCGGGAGGAAAUUACUACUACUCCUUCGGCGGCUGCCACAGGUUUGCUGCCUAUCAGAGGUUGGACAUGCCGGCCAUUCCAGCCAAGAUCAUCAGAUCCAACAUCUCAGACCUCAGGACUUACUUGGGGGCUUCAACACCUGAUCUGCAAUGAUGCAGGUUUUCUCUUUUUUUUUUUUAAAAAGGUCUAAUCCCAGAGGUAUCACACGUUGAACGUGAGAGAGGAGGUAGUUUGUGACUGCAGAUGACAGGAUUUACCAGCAGGGGGAAAUGCAACUCUGUUGCAAUUUCACAUGAAAUUACAUUUUUAAAUUAGUUAAUCAUUUUUUCUUAAAACUUAUUACUACUUACUUUUUUUUUCAAGCAUUUAUAGUUUUAACCUCAAAAUAUCAGUUUAAAUUGGACAUAUUUGAAAACUAUUUUAUUUCUGUAAUUAUUCUUUUGCAUUUAAAAAUCUUACAACAAAGGGGUAUUUGCUUACGUUUUCAGUAUGAGUGUAGUAACUCAACAGCAGCUGAGAAUGAACAAUGUUGACUUUCAUAGCAGGAAAAUAUUUGUUUCACUGUAGGACACAACACUCAGUAUCCAGCACAUAAAUGGGAUUCGGCUGUCGAUAAAAGAUAUAUGCAUGUUUAUACUGUUACACAUGAAAGGUUUUUUGUGGACACUAAUAUUAUUCCUUUAAGUAAAAAUGUUGACAAUACUAGUAACGAUUAAACAUCAUUUUUAUGAUGCUGCAGUUGUUUUUGUCUGAAUAUAUUGAUCUUUUUUUAUCUUCUCUUUUGAAGGCCAUAUAGUUUUUUAUGCUUUUAUCCUGCAGCACAUACAGUUAUGGAGAAGAUGAUGUUGACUAUAGAGGCAUAGUUUUAAAAGGAAAGCAUUUCUGUAACAGCACUGAUUCUUUAGAUUUUAUUAGAACUUGAUGGAAACUUCAGUGUUUGGUGGAUAUUCUCCCACUUUUGUCACGCACAGUCGGCUUUGAUUGGGAUGUUGUAGACACCAAAGCAGCCUAUAGACCAGAUGGUUUGUUAAAAGAGUCAGGUCUGACUACUCAAGCUGACAAAAUGCAAGAUGUUUUCAAGACAAGGAUGACUCUCCUACACUGCCUGUUGUUAGUCUUGUAGUCGCUGAAAAGGAUCUUUUCUGUUACCUUUAAGAAAAAAACAGAGAUUGAAGGGGAAACUUGCUGUUCCAGCAUCAUACUGUUCAAUUCGGGUGAAAACAAAACCUGAGAAUCAUUAUGUAAAACCAUCACUAAUCAAUUGUAAAAAAAAAACAAAAAAAAACAAGUUUAAUCUCUAGAUCAUGUGUUUUGGUGCAAUUAAGAGUAGAAAUGCUUGCUUAUCCCAAAAACUGACAUGACCUAUCUCUGUAAAUGUGCACGUAUAUAACAUAAAGCCUAAUGUGUUCUCGUCUCUGACCUUGAGACUGGCCCAGCUUUGCUAAAUCAAGUCAGACAGCGGUUCCUUUGCUUCUGUGUUGGAGGAAGGAACUGCAUUUUUACAGAAGAAUAUAGGUAAAAUAUAGACGAGGUCUUUCCAACAUUAGCUUUUUUCACAAUGCGAGUUCAAAACUGCUUGACGAGCUCCCUUUGUGGCCAUCGAGGAAAUGAAGAGGGACUCAAGGCAACUUUUACCGACCGCCCCUAAAGGACUCUAAAUUUCUCCCCUGAAUCGUCGCGUGUGAGAAGAUUUCCUGUAGCUCACUCACUGUCUGGAAGUAACCAUAUCCUCAAAGGAGGUUUGACACGCAAUACUGGUAUGAAAAAAUGCACUGCACCUGUUGCUUCUGGGAGCAGUUUCCAUGGGUGGUUUCGUACACUUCAUCUUUGAGGAUUUAAAGCCAUAAACUGCCUUUCCGGGGACUAAGAGGAGGAAAUGUUUUAGAUCCUUUUCCAGUUUUUCUUUUUUUUCCCUUUCCUUCCCCCUUAUGAUUAAAUGUGGUCACUCAGAUUACUUGCUAAUGA